AAUCUCCUUCUUCUGAUUUGAUGGGGGGCCACUGGCGAUGGUUGCUAGCCUGCGGGUAUUUUAUUUUCUUUGCGGCGAGAGGUCUGGCCAGCCCGCUCGAUAGCCUGGAACGAGAGCAUUGGGUCAGCCUUGACUCAACAGCCACCGAUCAGACAACGGAUGUUGCCACGGGUACCGGGGGCAUGGUGUACAUCAGCGGCUACCGGCAGCGAGCGCCCGUGGGCGCGGACGGGUCGCAGCCGAGCGUCCAAGCCCUCCUCAUGGCGUACAACUCCUCGGGGGUUCGCCAGUGGGUCGCCGAGUAUGGAUCAAGCGGAGAAGACCUAGGCAAUUCGGUCGCUGCAGACUCCACCGGCGUAUAUCUCGCCGGGACAGAGUCCGUCCCAAGGAGCUCAAGCAACGGCAGCAGCAGCAGCGGCACCACCACCACCGACGACGACGACACCGACGCCUUCGUCGUCAAGUACAACUCCACGGGAGGCGUGCUGUGGAAGACCUCUUGGGGAAGCUCAGAGCCCGACCUGGGGAACGGGCUGGCGGUAGACGGGGGCUCCGGGCUCGUCUACAUCGUGGGCACCACCCGGGGCUCGAUGUACACAGAUGCGACGUUGAGCUCCGAAGCCACCACGGCGGAGGGAGACGACGCCUCCCCCGCCGCCGCCGGAGCGAACGCGGGGAUGUCGGACGUGUUCUUGACGUGUCUGGACGCGGCGGACGGAGAGGUGCAGUGGACUCGGCAGUUCGGCAGCUCUGCCGUGGACGUCGGGAACAGGGUUGCGGUCGGGCCCAGGGGAGGCGUUUUCCUCGUCGGGCAGCUGGGGGACGACGCGGACUCGUCUCUGGCGGGCCCGCGGGCGUUUUUGGCCAAGUACGACUACCUCGGCAACGCGCAGUUCACGGCGAGGCUCAACUCCACCUCUGCCCACUAUGGCGUCGACCUCGCGCCAUCUAUCGGGAGCGGGGGCGAAGGCGUGGUCUACAUGUCGGGUUACACGCUGGGCGACAGCCCCUCAGUGUUUCUGGCUCGGUUCGAGGGGUCGACGGGAGCGCAGACGUGGCUCAGCCACUUUGGCGAGGAAACAGGGAUGCCGCACCUGGCGCAGUCGGUGGCAGUGGUGGAGGGCAGCCAGUACGACUUCAGCCUGGGCGUGGGGAGCGCGGCGGAGGGCGCGGCGGCGGCGGCGGCACCUGGGCCGUCCGGGGACCCCGGGGGGCGGGACGAGGAGGUCGCGGUCGGCAACGAGGCUAGGAUCGUCGUGGUGGGGUACAACACGUCGGCGGCGGCGGCGGACUCGCACUCGAGCACCGGGUUCACGGCGGCGGCGGACACGAGCGGGAGCUGGGCUUGGUAUUCGGCGUCAGAGAAGGCGGCCCGGCAGACAGCGAUAGCCAUCGGCGCCGCCGACGGGGCAUCGUUGGGUAGCGGCGACGGUAGAGGCGGCGGCGGCGGCAGCGGCGGCGGCGGCAGCGGCGGCGGCGGCGGCAGCGGCGGCGGCGAGUCGUUUGCCUACAUCGUCGGCACGGUGGCGGCCAGCGAGGCCUCCCCGGGCAACUACCUCUUCCUCGACAUCCAGAGGGUGGUGCGGGAGAGGUCGCAGACCCCGGCCCCUACGGCGCAGCAGGCGAUGGCCGGGCAGGGGGCGGCGGCGGGCUCGGCGGCGGACCCGCCCGGCGGGGCGUCGAGCACCACCGGGCUGUCUCAGGGGUCGAGCCUCUGGCUGCUGAUCAUCGCCCCGAUCUUCGUGGUCCUAUCGUGCAUCCUGAUGGUGGGCUACGUGUCGAAGCAGUGCGCCAUCGCGUUCGGGACGAGGCCGCACCCGCCGCCGGAGUCGCUGGAGCCGGUCGAUUUCGAAGAAGACGGCGACGGCGGCGGCGGCGGCGGCAUUGGCGGCGGCGUGCGAACCACUCGCUCGUUCCAACGGGGGAAGAAGUCACCGCCGGUGGAGUGGAACGACCGCGCCUCCGGGUCUUCGAGCAAAAGUUCGGCGGGUCUGCGGCGGAGCGGUAGCAGUAGCAAGAAAGGGCGCGCGGCAGGAUGGCCGCGCUCGGUCGUGGCCGCUUUCCGAGACGGCGGCAGCCCGUACCGAAAGCUGCGGACGAGAGAACGGGAACCGGGGCGGGGCGGCGGCGGUGGAGGGCGAGGAAGGAGAGAGCCGUCGUCCCCGCUCUCUCCGGAGAACGCAGAGGUAGAGAUGCGGCAGGUGACUACUGCCUCGCAGCAGCGGCAUCGCGCGCCGUUUGACCACCCCAGAGAAGAAGAGGGCUUCCCCUGUGGCGGCGAAGAAAGCGUGGCCGCGUUUGAAGACCUCUCCCACAGCAAGAGCGGCGGUGCCACGGCGGGAGCCGGCGCCGCCGCCUCCGCCGGGUGGGAUGCCUUCGGAGAGGAAGAGAUUGCCGGGGGCGGGGGUGGAUACGGCGGGCGAUCACACAUUAGUAUGAGCAACCCUCGAGACGGCGACGAGCCUGCGGCGGAUCAGCCGUCGUUCCCCCUUCCCGCGCAAGUGUCGCAGCAGCUCUUGUAGGACAGAGACGGGUGUUUUUUGAAGUGUUUGGUGUUCGGGGUCGGGAGAAGGAGAGGAGGACGCGGACUUCCUUCUUAUCGCACUUUAUCGUGCGUGCACUUUAUCGUGCGUGCGCUUCCUUUCCGUUCGGGUAGGCUGUUUCGCGCCUGUGCAACAUACCGAGGUUUUGGUGCCUUUGGGGUGGUUUAAAGUGGUGCCUGCAUAUGGUAUGUAGGAUGAUUUUGGUUGGAAAAAUCUCAUGAAGGUAUUUUGUAUUAAUAUCUACGAGAGUCGGAUAGAAUAGUCCUGAUGUACCGAAAUACGAAUUAAAUUGUCUUUAAGGUGUUGCUUCAACUUGCCUAGCGAAGCCGAAGGUGUGUACAGAAUCACGAGCUCGGCCCGUGAUUUAGAGGGAUGGGCCUGUUGGAAGCUUUCGUUGUGUGCAAGAACUCAUAAAUUUGGUAAAUAUACUCGUUUUUUUUGGGGGGGGGGUACAAACCAGCGAGCAAACCCAGGUCCAUCGAAACCGCGACGCUGGUUCUUGGUUUCGAGUCGUGGGGUCCAUGUCGUUGUUGCUGGUAGCGCCGUUCGCAGCCCUUCAUGGGCAACUUACGAAGUUUAACGCCUCCUACGCUGCACCACCUGUGAUACGAAGGGCACAUGCAUGCCUCCCCUUUUUGAGCACCUCGCGUACACGGUGUACAGUCAUGGCUCCAGUAUCAGAAUGUGGUGUGACAAAUGCCCUCGACCUCUGGUAUCGGAGCCCCCUCUUGUUUAGUACCCUCGGAGCAACGACUGCAGUAAGUUAUUGACCGCCAGGUCUUGUUUUUGUCCCAGGAAAAACGUGGUAGACCCUUCGUGGUGAGAAGAACAUCUUUUUCCUGUGGGAUGCGCUGUUAGGAUAAGUCUGUAGAGUUGCGCCCACCAUGGUAGCUGCGUCCACCUACGG